UAUAGUCAAUACCUGAUUACAAGGCUGCUUCUAUACAUAGCCGGCCAAAGAAAUCGCCUGCUUGCUGAACUAUCAGCUAGGUUGACUCAUCAUCAAGAAACUCCAUUCGUUCAUUAGUACUUCAUAAAUAUUUAUAAUCCCAGUGGUGGCCGGCCACCACUGAAGGCCUCGCAUGAACCUAUCUCAUGCUACCACUAUAACUUUCAACAAUACAAAAUUAUCUGUUCAUCUUCCAUACAGAUUUACACGGGCACAGGCUCCCUCUCCCUACCCAAUGGCCACCCAAGCUAUUGUUUUGCCCCAUCGCCCAUUCCAAAAGGACUCUACCCGGGCUGAUCCCACAAAUGAAACAGAUGGCACAGAAGGAUGGAGAUUGUUGAGAAACAAUUGGCGCAGAUCUUCCACUUCAUCAGUGAACUGUUCCAGUAGUCCAUCCACAAUCGAGAAGGCCUUGGAACUUCCAGAGCAAAAAGAGAAAAAUAUGAUCAGCCUCAAGUCCAAUAGCAUGGGCUCUAGUGUUCGGUGGUCUGGAAUGCGUAGAGGAAUUAAAACAAGAAAAGUAAUCUUUCAAAUAGGCAGAAGGCUCAAAGAUAGCGAUAAAGAAAGAACAGCUACAAAAACCAAAUAUCUAAAAGACCGUGUCUUCUCAUCUGAGGUGAUUUCAAAGGAAGAAAAUGAUCGUAAGAACUGGGACUCCCGUAACCUCAGCUUCAAUUCUGCUUACCAAAGCAAGGGUAAGAUCCUCUUAAAAACCAGUCUUAGUCUAAAGUACCAACCAAAGCUUUUCCAAGACAUUGCAGGUCAUGAAAUCAUUGUUAAGGCUAUGAAUAGUGCUGUUGAGAAGAAGCAAUUUGCACCUCUUUAUCUCUUUCAUGGCCCAAGUGGAACUGGGAAGACAUCCACUGCCAGAAUAUUUGCGAUGGCAAUAAAUUGUGAGUCAACAUCACCCACCAAACCAUGCUGGAGUUGCAGAGGCUGUUCAAGAAGCCUUUAUAUCAUGGAGUUGUGUUCUGGAAGUAGAACAACUGGAUUUGAAAGGAUCAAGACCCUCUUCCAUGACACAUCAUCAUUCAAUCAGGCAGUCCCAGUUUUCAAGGUCCUUAUCAUUGAAGAAUGCCAUUCAUUUACUGGAAAAGCAUGGGAUGAACUUCUGGGUAUGGUUGAACGGUCAUCUGGUUCUACAGUGAUAUUUGUCCUCAUCACAACAGAUGCAAACAAGGUGCCCAAAAACAUGUCAUCCAGAUGCCAGAAAUUCUGCUUCCCAAAGCUCAAGGACAAGGAUAUCGCACUAAAGCUAACAAAAAUAGCGGCCCGGGAGGAUAUUGGAAUUGAACGGGAAGCACUGAAACUAAUAAUUGCCAAGUCAGAGGGCUCCUUGAGAGAAGCUGAGAACAUAUUGGACCAGUUAGCCUUACUGGGGUCAACAAUCAGUAGCUCCAUGGUUCAACAGCUUGUGCGUGGUCCUUUCUUCUUCUUUCUCAAUUCAAAGUCUUCAAAAUCAAUUGGAAUUACUGUCAAAUUAUUUUUUCUUUUUAUGCCUAUUCUUCUCCGUACAGGUAGGCCUUGUUCCCCACAGUAAGCUUAUUGACUUGCUCACUGCAGCAGUUUCAGAGGACACUAUCCAGACUAUCAGACUGACAAAGGAACUGAUCGCAACAGGUGUUGAACCUCGAGCCCUUGUAUCCCAAUUAGCAUCACUCAUCACAGACAUACUUUCAGGAGCCGCUGCUGCAGAUUCAAUGUCAUCAUCGGGGUCAUCAGAUGAUAGGAACUUGUUCAGAAGCAAAUCUCUUAUCAGUAAGAUAACUCCAUCCACAUAUAGUACCUGCAACAUUUUUACUCCUGCUGAUUCCCUAUAGAAUUUUCUGCAGCAAAUACCCAAUCACAGAGAUUGUGCUAUGCCUUAACGAUAAUGAUCGAAACAGAAAAGCAACUCGAGUCCUCAACAGACCAGGCAUCUGUAAUAUGUGCCGCCCUUCUAGAGCUUACUUCUGAUCAUUUCGGCGAUCGAACAUCAACAGGAAUUGUCUCGAGUAGAAAUGUAACGCUACCCUCAGGUAUUUUGGCAGUCCAAGGAUGGAGAAAUGUAUUUCAACACAGUGGUAGACGAGUUCUGGCAAAUGAGUAGAAGUUAAUAACCUCACACGUUAUGUUUGCUCUAACAGGUGACAAUCCAAACGCAGAAUCAGGAGAUAUUCACUUGCAACGAUUACCCCACAGUAGCACAGAUCAUCAUUCGAUCAGCAGAACCUCUGUGAAAAGCAAUGAUAAAUCAGAAGGCAGAUGUAAAGAAGUCGAAGAAAAACCCAAACAAG